GAUAUUGAAAUGGAUAAUAUCUAAUUCAACUUCGCAGACGACUUUUAAAAUGCAGCGGACCGACUGUUCUAUCAAGUAAUGACAUACUUAUGUUACAGGGUUCGUGUUAUUUUAUUGUCAACCUUCAGUAUACGUGGUUUAAAAGUUUUUAUAAACAAUUUCUUCAACAGUUUGAAAAGAUGCGGUUGACAGACGACAAAUUUCGUGGAUGAGAAAUUACACGAAAGUAAGAUAAUGCGAUUUCAUUACUAAUUGUCAUCAGUGUUGUUUGUGUGUGAUGAGCAACCGGCAUUUGAUCAAACAUUAAAGCAUUAAUGAAUUAUGAAUUAUGCUAAUUAAAUGCUGCGUAGUGUUGUGGAUUCGGUUGUUUUAAAUCAUUUACACAGUGGACAGCAUACUUACUGAGUGUCUAUUGUUAAAAAAAUUAUGGAAUUUAAAUCUGUAAUUCAACUUCUCGUGUGUGUCGUCUGCUGUACGUCUGUUUUAGGACAAGAUAACUGCAAUGACACAGAAACACCAUCAAUUAAGAUGUGUCAAACUACAAAUAGGAAUGUUCGAGCUAAUACGUUUAUUUACCUUGAUUCUGGCGGUGCACCCAUUCUAACCAAAGUUGAAUGUACAUGUACUUUGAGAGUUUCCGGUUCAGGAUCAUUCAACGUUGAAUACAGGGCCAUUGAACAAAUAACGAACUGUGAAGUAGAUUUUACAAUGAAUGAUAGAACGUGGGGUUGUCAAACAGAACAAUUAUCGGUACAAUACCAGGGAUCCAAUAAUUUGACUUUCAUCAAGAAAUUCAAUAACAGACGAAACUGGUUAUCGUGUCUUGGUAUUAUGACCGCUCAACACGAUAUGACCGUGGAAUGUUACCCUUACCGAAUAUACUACGCCCCAGAUGAAGUGGUUGACGGUGGUUUUAGUGACUGGUCAUUCACGUCAGAAUGCUCCGUAACAUGUGGAACUGGGGUUCGAACUCGAGAAAGGAGGUGCAACAACCCUUAUCCGAGAAACAAUGGAAGUGAAUGUUUGGCUGAAGAUGGAACGCGCACCUUGGUAGAGACCGGAAGUGUAUCAUGUGAGUCAUCGUGUGAAGUAAACGGCGCCUGGGGGCCAUGGAUAAACACGUCCUCUUGCUCUACAACAUGUGGAACGGGCUCUCUGACUCAAACACGAAGCUGUGAUUCUCCAGCUCCCAAUAACGAUGGUGAAUACUGUCUUACACUUGGAGGCAAUAGGGCGCUUGAAGAGAAUCGAACCAUAGAAUGCUUUAUCAUCGCUUGUCCAGUAAACGGUGACUGGGGGCCAUGGAUAAACACGUCUUCUUGCUCAACGACAUGUGGAACUGGCUCUCUGACUCAAUCACGAAGCUGUGAUUCUCCAACUCCCAGUAACGGAGGCGAAGAAUGCCUUACACUUGGAGGCGAUAGGGCAUUAGCAGAGACUCGAACUGUAACCUGCUUUGAAAUGGCCUGUCCAGCAUCAGUAGAUGGAAAUUGGUCGGACUGGGGUCAAUGGACCACUUGCUCAAAAUUGUGUGGAGGGGGAACCAGGUCACAAACCCGAACAUGUACAAACCCUUCACCUGCAAAUGGCGGACUGCCUUGUCCUGGUGAUUCGAGUCAGGCCGAAGACUGUAAUACAAAUGCUUGUGCAGUGAAUGGUGGCUGGAGUGACUGGUCUGGUUGGGGUACAUGCUCAAGUUCUUGCGGUGGCGGUAUCAGAAACAGAACGAGGUUAUGCACAAACCCUCAGCCACUAUAUGGCGGCGCGCAAUGCUUGGGCAAUUCAAUACAAUCAGAGUAUUGUGGUAUUGGCAACUGUCCAAUAAAUGGCAACUGGAGUCCAUGGUCAACUUGGAAUAUUUGUUCGAGAACAUGUGGCGGUGGUGGAUAUCAAAGUCGAUACAGAGCAUGUGAUAACCCAUAUCCCCAAAACGGUGGAUUUGACUGUACAGGAGAUUCGACUGAGAUCAAAACAUGUGGAGAAGCCGAUUGUCCGGUUAAUGGGGCAUGGGGGAGCUGGGAACCUUGGUUGCAGUGUUCACAGAAUUGUGGAUUAGGAACCCAAACAAGAUACAGGUAUUGCGACAGCCCAAUACCUCAAAAUGGAGGUAAAACUUGUACGGGAUAUGGUCUUGAAACUAAAGAUUGUAAUGGAAAUAGUUGUCCGAUUAAUGGGCAAUGGGGAUACUGGACAUCAUGGACUAUUUGUUCCACGAGUUGUGGACCUGGGACAUAUUCUAGAAAUAGAAAAUGUGAUUCCCCUGCUCCUAAAAAUGGAGGACAGAUUUGUAGUGGAAAUAGCUAUGAAAAUGGACAAUGUAGCAUUGGAGUGUGUAUUGAUGAUGAAGCAUGGAGUCCAUGGUCACCUUGGAGCAGUUGUUCAAAAUCAUGUGGGGAAGGAAAAGUGUCAAGAACCAGAGAUUGUUACAGUCCAGAACCAAAUCAUGUUGGGAAUUAUUGUUUAGGUGACAGAAACGAAAGUGUUUCAUGUAUAUUGCGUAAAUGUGCCGUGAACGGGAACUGGGGCAUUUGGUCUCCUUGGAGCUUUUGUUCAAUCACAUGUGGACCUGGUUCUAUUUCAAGAAUCAGAGAGUGUAACAGUCCGGGACCAGAAAACGGCGGGAACAGCUGCUAUGGAGAAUCGUCGGAAGAAAUAAGUUGUUUUAUGUUACCAUGUCCAGUUGAUGGCGGAUUCGGUCCAUGGUCUCCUUGGAGUAAAUGUUCUGCAAGUUGUGGAAUAGGUGAAAAGUCAAGAUUAAGAGAAUGUAAUAAUCCAGUCCCUGCAAAUGGCGGGAAAUACUGCUCUGAUUUAGAUUUUCAAUCAAGCGUGUGUAAUGUAACAAAGUGCCCUGGUACUGGUCAAACAACAUCAAGUCAAGCAGGCUUUUCAUCAGAGACACCAGUCACUCAAGCUAGCGUAGAUAAAAAGAGGAAAGAGGAUGACUCAAAUAUGGGGGCUAUCAUUGGUGGAACUGUUGGCGGGUUGCUGCUGCUUCUUCUUCUGUUACUCCUUCUCGUCUGUUUUAUCAGAAGACGGAGGAGAAAGGAGGUCAAACGUCGGCCGUCAGAAGGUGACAGAUCUGUCAGAUACAUAUCACAAGGUGAUGAUGUGACGGUCACGGAGAACCAACUAUACAAUUAUGAUGGAGAGACUCCGAGCCAUGCAGUAAACGCUCUGUUUGUAGGUGGAAUCCCCGAAACCCCACAGAGUCCAGGUUAUAUUCCUCACUUCAGUACAGACACCGGCGACAGGUAUGCCGUCAUAAUGGACUCCAAUCGAACAAAGCCGAAAACAAAAGAAAGACCAAAACUAGACACAUUUAAUUCGCAGGAAGAAAAUGCAAAGGCAGAACCAAACGGCGAUGUAAGAGCUUCAACGGACACAGUCAAACUUGCUGAAAAUUACAAUGAUGACCAGCUUGGAAGAGGUGUCGACAACCCUGGCUAUGAGGAUAGCUAUAUUGCCCCGUACGACUCUGCCGAAGGAGGGACAAAACCAAAAACUAGUUCAUCUUCUCCUUCACCGUACGAUUAUAUUGACAAUGAAAAACUAAAACGAGACGAUGCCGAUUUUGAGGAUGAUAAGUUGGCAGGAGAUUAUGCUACACUUCCGGAUGACGGAAAUGAAGAUGGUGACAACGAUGCGGAAAAUAACGAAAGAUACAAGCGGUUUAUCAGCAGUGAACCGGAAGAUUCGGCUGAUGACGGAUACUUGAAAUCCCCUAAACGUGACAAUGUUUUUGAAUUUCCCGAUACAAGCUAGACGUUAAUAUUUCAAAUUUUACAAAUACUGAGAAAAAUAUCAACGCAUAAAUUUAACAGUGUCAAAAUGAAAUCAGUGGUUCAUUUCUACUUUACCAAUUAGGUUCAGUAAUUUAGGUUGUGCACUCGUGCUGAUCACGUAAAUCGAGAUCUGUAUCUUGAAAGUUAACCGAAUUUAUGGCUAAUAAAAUAUGGCGGCAAACAUAUUGAAUCGUGUUUAUUAAGCUGUUGACAAGCCAUUUCAUUCUAUUUUAGUCAUUGUUACGCGUGAUAAAACAUGACUAUUAGAGGACAAUGUACAAAUAAAGAAAGAUGUAAGAUGUUCAUAACAAGCGUUUAGAUAAGUGAACAGAUGACGUUGCACUAGCUCCUGUCGAUGUGUCCUAUAUGGUGACCUUCAUCCCAUCAGUCUCCAUUUAUUAUGAGUAUUGCCAAUGUGACUGAAAACCGAAUAUAAACAAUGCAAUGUGAGUAGUCAAAAUAUUUUGACGUGCCAAAGCUAUAUUUUGAGAUAUUUCUGUUCUGUUUCAGAUUCUCGCUAUUGUGCAGAUUUCAAAUAGCACAAUAACAUCAGUAAAAAUACAUCCUGUAUAUCCUUUUAUGUCAAUUAUGGGCGUAUCAAACAGUGAAGUAAGUUAAGUGACUGUGAAAUAUGUUCAGAUUGAAAUAUGUGAUUAAUCUGUGUUCAUGAUAAAUCGUUUGUUUUUUUUUUCUCAAUUAUUUAACAUUCAAGAAGCUUUAUUUCAAUUUUUAAUGGUUUAUAUUUAAAUCGGAGAUUUAAGUUAUGUUAGUAGUGAAAUAUAAAUGACUUGACAUAGAGCUACCAUUCACACAAACGCUUGUUUAUAAACAUUUUAGACGUUUAUCUUUAAAAUCAAAACAAUUUUUUCAUUGUUUAUAUAAUGAGCAUUAUUUGAUAUUUUGCGCGUUUUUUAUGAAUUUAUUUUCCACCUUUUGAAGGAUCAAAAACUGUGUUUUGUAAUAGAAAAUUUUUUGUUUAUACAUGUAAAUAUGUAAACAAAAACAGCGUCCGACUCAUUUUUGGCAUUCACCUCAAAAUUAUUUACUAAUUAGUUUAUAGUAUUGUAAAUAUUGUUGUUCAAAUGUGUGGUGCUAAAGAUUUGUGACAUGUCUGUUACAUAGGUACUCGCAAGGUCCGGAAAAAUUCGGAGAAUUUCGUUAACUUUCCGCGCCUUAUAGUGAUUGUAUAUACCGUAAGAAAUAAAUACAAGCUACGGAAAAUUACGAUGUUGGCCGAUUGGGUUAUACGGCCUUGUCAAACUAAUUGGUGCUGUAAAUAUGUCUGUAUUUUACUUUGCAAAGAAAUCAUGGCUAUUUAAUCAGUUACUAAAAAAAAUCCACAACAUGUGUUUGUUUUGUUAAAAACGCGCACACAAGUAGAUUCAGUAAGUAGGUGCCAUAUUUUGUUAUUAAUAUGCAGAUUCACAAUUGUUAUAUUCUAUAUCAUUUGAUGUUUAUCAAUGCACGUGAUAUAUUAAAAACUUUAUAAAAUUUAUAAAAACGUU